AUGCAUGGCAAAGGCCCGCAACUCCCUAGUUGCAGAGCUCAGAUGUUUUAUGGACAAAACUCAAGACAAACUGAGGGUUGGUCCAGAACACUCAUAGAGGUCAAUCUCCAGCUCAUGCUAUCUUUCGAAGCUGAUCAUCACUCGUCAUACCGUCAUCUCGUAUAUCCGUCAAACAUGAAGCAUAUGUUAAUAAAGGCUGCGUCUGCGGCCCUGAUCCUGACUGCCGUGAUGGCAGCGGAUGGUCCAAUGGUCCCCGACUACGAAGUGCACCUGCUGAUGAACCCCUCUGCUGUUCUCGGUUCCGACUUCAAGCUCACGCCCACUGUCCUCUCCACGUUUGCCAUGCCGACGACCGUUACAAAGAUCAACGUACAAUAUCUUGACACAAUUACUGAGGAUUUUCAUGUCAAUGGCUGGAGCUGCCGCAUCCGCAAUGUCGAAAAUAAGAGCGGCUUCGACCUCACCUACAAGUGGCGUCUACCAGUCAACAACGGGGACAUCAAUGGGGCGUUGAACACGGCUUUUAGCGACGGUUGGAACUCGGGCCAAGGCAAUUACGAUGCUCAGAUCGAUUGGCUCUAUUCUUCACAAACCCUCUCUAUCCAAAGAGACUACUCCGCUUCGUCACAGGGAUACAGUGGUACAGACGAUCCAAGCGAGAAGGACUCGCGAAUCAUGCUCGAAGACAACGCCCCAGGCAUGUUUGACGACUGGGUCUCGGACGGCUGGGGCACCGACUUGCUGAAGAGCGCUGUGAUUUACAGCCCAGUUUUGACCAAGCGCUCCACCGGAACGUGGAACGGUCUCGAGCUCGAUAUCGAAGUCUGGCCGAUUGAGAACUCCAGCGGCACAGGAAUUGAGUACCUCGUUGAGGCCUCGUUCAAAACGGACGAUUAUGACACAGCGUCAACAUUGCGCGACCAAUUGAUAACGCUCCUACAGAACAAUGGCUGGUUCUUGGCCGAGAGCGUGUCCAAGGAGGACCUGGUCAUGGAAAACUACCAUCCAACAUCCUAG